CAAAAUAUAGUAUUGCAAGUUGCAUCUUACCUUUGCCAUCACAAGGUGAGACUUAUUUCUUUGAAUUAUAAAGGAAAUGACGUCUCUGCCCCAUCCAGCGAUGAAGUAUUUGUAUGCGUCCAGAUAUUUUGAAUGCUUUCAAACUCUUUUUUUUUUUUUUUUUAAUAAAUUUCGGCAACUUAUUUACCAGAUACAUGUGGAUAUCAACUUGCCUAAAACAGGGAAGCAAAUUAGCAUUCAAAUUUCUUUUGGGAGAAAAUAUCGACUUCAGCAUUAAAUACGGGUCCUCUAUGCCGAGUUUAUCUAAUUUUUCCACGUACUGUCGUAUAUUUUCACCUUCUAAAUGUAAACACAAGUCACGUGAUUUUAUGAUGUAGGUGCAGGAGCUUUUACACCCAUCCAUCCAUCUUCCAAGCCAUUUAUCUUAAUUUUAGGGAAAAGGCAGACUCCACCCUGACUGGUCGCCAGAUUGUCCCGGGUACAUAUCAACACCAUCACUGAGCAGAAAUUGAUCCCACUCUGUCCACACCAAAGUCAGUCAUACAUCCCACUCCACCAUCAGUGACAACGUACACAUCAACUACGCAACAACAACGUAAACCUCCCUUCAUUGACUGAUUAACAAAAUGUUUAUGGACCGGUACACUAUUUGGUGGCAAAAAUUAACAUGAAACCUCCUUGCACAUGAUAAUAGAUUCAAGAGAAGAUAAAGAUGCCACGUGCAUUCAUCCAUCCAUUUUCUGAGCCGCUUAUCCGCAUGAGGGUCGUGGAAGUGCUGGAGCCAAUCCCAGCUGUCAUCAGGCAGGAGGCGGGGUACACCCUAAAUUGGUUGCCAGCCAAUCGCAGGGUACAUGGAGACAAACAACAGCUGCGCUCACACUCACACUUAGGGGCAAUUUAGUGUGUCCAAUUAAUGCAUGUUAGGGGAUGUGGGAGGAAACCAGAGUGCUCGGGGAAAACCCACGCAGGCACAGCGAGAAAAUGAAAACUCCACACAAGGCGGGGCGAGGAUUUCGACCCGGGUCCUCAGAACUGUGCGGCCGACGCUCUCCAGCUGUGACAAUGUGCCACCUAAAAAUCUGAUGUUUUGAUACAAACAAUGCUGUCCCCGAAGUUGGGCAUUCAAAUGCAAAUAUGACUAUGUAUACCUUUCAAAUAUAAGAUGAACUGUUGAUGGUUGUCUCAUAUGCGUCUUUUGCUGUCAAACCCAAAUGAAUACUCUCCAAAUACAUUUAGUGUGGGUUUAGCGUUUUCCAACACUAGAGGGCAGAAGAGCACAAAAAGUAGAUCGGGAAAAAAAUAUUUAGGGAAUGAAAAGUGAAGGAUGCACGACAGAAACAUCACAUUUGGUUGCUGUUCGACUAACGCGACAAACGUCACAGCCAUGAAUCAUCAUGCAACACAAACAAGUUGCUGUUACUUUUAUUGUGGCCAAAUAAAAUGAGGACGUCUGCUGGAAAUUAUGCAAGUGCGUGUGUAAACACUUCUGGUGAAGUCCGAAGAGCUACUCGACAGAAGGAGGUCCCGAUCAAACUUUUGGACUGUGGAAUGUGGCAAAGUGACGUUUGAAGACCCUUUGUAAAGAGCUCUGUUCCGCUCAUUGCCGUAGAUGUAAAUACACAGACAAGAAGACGACUGUGUCCACAUCAACGGGAAGACAAAAUGGACACGAACACGUCAAGCGACAAACCUCAAAAUGGCCCGAUGAUUAGGAGCGGCAGCUUUUUAAAGCUGAUUGAUGCCUUUGCGCUGGAGAUUGGGGAGUUGCAGAAGGAGAUGGUUCACACCUCUCCCACAGUGGACCAGGACCCAGUGGACAUACAAGUGUCAGAGAGUGAGGUGGGGGGUGAAGUGAGUGGCGUUUACCCAGAGCUCUCCCAACAUGGCAGGAUCAGGUGUGAAAGGGAUUAUGGAUAUGACUCAUUACGGAGGAGAAUGAGUGUGUUGGAGAGACUGACUCAAACCCAUCCUGUGUGGCUGCUGCUGACAGUCAGUGAAUUGGAGGCCACACGCAUUCUACUUCGACAACCCCCAGGGGUUUUUUUGGUAAGGAAGUCUAUCACUCUCCAAAAGAAGGUCCUCUCUGUGCGCCUGUACGGGGAUCGGUCCAGAAGCUCCAUUAGUCACUUCCCUGUCAGAGAGAGCCAGUAUACAUUUUCUCUUGAUGGAUCAGGAAUAAGCUUUGCAGAUCUUUUCCGUUUGGUGGCUUUCUACUGCAUAAGCAGGGAUGUUUUGCCCAUACCUCUCAAACUCCCAGAUGCCAUUGCAUCUGCCAAGACACAAAAAGAUCUUGAACAGGUGGCUCAACUUGGACCAGCCUUUUGGGAAUCUGCCCUGUGCAGCCUGCGUUCCACCUCCCAUCCUCCUAGCCGCCCUUCAAGCCGAACUCUCAGCCUGCAACGGACAAACAGGACCAGGGAGGACGAGGGGUCGGAGCAGAGUCAUACUGGCCCCCAAUGUGACAGCGCACCACCAACAUUACGUCACCGGGCUCCUCCCUCUCGAAGUGAGAGAAGGCUUUCCAGUACAACUCUCUGCUUUGUCAGCCCACUGUUUUUCCAGACUCGACAGCACCGCCACUGUGAGGAAGAGCCAUCUUCACGUGACAGAAUAAACGUGUCUAUGAAACCCACAAGUGGUGGCCCCGAGAGCGACCAGCACCAAGACGGAAUUAAAGUGAAUUGCAAAUCGCAACCCCCUCCUCGACCUCCCCCACCUCGCUUGAUGCUGCGUAGGCGACCAGCCCCACCCCCACCUGGACCUCCAGUACUUACCACCAGACCAAAGAGCAUGCCAGUGGCCAUUCCAGUGGUAAGGCAAGAGCAGGCCCACACCAGGCGCCCGGCUCCCCCUCGACCAACAAUGGGUGCUAAACACAGCAGCCCACCUAAAACUGCAAGUUCACCAAUCCCUCAGCCUUCAAACCCACCUCCUCCAAGACCUAGUAAGCCUGAUCUGGCCCACCAUUGCCACAUUGCCCUUGAUGAUGAGACCGUUACUAAAGCCUUGUUGCGAGCCAAAGUACCACAAUCAGUACAAGAUGAUUUUCCACUCAAGGAAAGCAGUGUGAGUCCAUUAAUCCAAAAUGAGAGAGGACUUCAACGACUUAGCGACAUAAGCAUGUCUACUUCUUCCUCUGAUUCAUUGGAAUAUUCACAGUCUCCUGGAUUCUCCCUGGGCUUGGGCUCUAGCCGGUCAUGCCAUCUCAACCAUCAAGAUGCUGUGGAGGACACUAGUGAUGACGAUGACGAUGAGGAGGAAGAAGAGGAAGUGGAGGAGGACUAUGGAGUGGGCUUUGCGGCUGACUUAGAAAUGCGUCUUCGUCCAUCCUUCAAAGCUAGAAAGCGCAGAGUGGGUGUGAGCCUAAGUGGAGGACCAUUUAUUCUCCCUUGGGCCUUAAAAAGACGAUUCAGCAAGGUGAGCAAUAUGCUCACCUCCAUGAUGACUCCAGAGACACGUGCAGUGAAAAAGAUAGCUGAGAUGUCCAGGGAAAAAAGUUCAUAUUUUGGCUCACUGGUUCAGGACUACAUAGCCUUUGUCCAGGAAAACCGUGGAUGCCACACAUCAGGGGAGGAUUUUCUGCAGACACUCAGGCAGUUUAUGACACAGAUGAAAGCUUACUUGUGCCAAAGCUCUGAGCUGGACCCUCCUAUAGACUCGCUCAUCCCUGAAGAUGUGAUUGAACAGGUGCUGGAAAAGGCAAUGCAUAAGUGUGUGCUGAAGCCUCUGAAGACUUUUAUUGAUGUGGCCUUACAUGACUUCCAAAUGAACAGUGGAGAUUGGCAACAGAUGAGAGAGAACUUGGCUUUGGCGAAAUCCAAGAGGCCCCAGGAACUUGGAGUGGGUGGUGCAGUUCCUCCUGACGCCAUGGCGAUUGAGAAGAUCCGACAUAAGUUCCUUAAAAUGAGGAAAAUGUACUCACCUGAGAAAAAGGUGUCACUGAUGUUACGUGUGUGUAAGAUCAUCUACACCAUCAUGCAGGACAACUCAGGGAGGAUGUAUGGUGCUGAUGACUUCCUGCCCAUGCUGACCUAUGUGAUAGCGCAGUGUGAAAUGCCUCAGCUGGAUAUAGACAUCCAGUACAUGAUGGAGCUGCUGGACCCAUCGCUUCUUCAAGGAGAAGAAGGUUACUACCUGACCAGUGCCUUUGGAGCUAUGGCCCUCAUCAAGAAUUUUCAGGAGGAGCAAGCAGCAAGGGUGCUGAGCUCUGAGGCCAGAAACACUCUUCAUCAAUGGCACCGCCGACGCACUGCCCAGCAUUCAGCACCCACAGUGGAUGACUUCCAGAACUAUCUGCAGUUAGCCCUGGAAGAUGUGGACUCAGGCUGCACAGCCAAAACAUUAAUCGUCAAUUCAUACACCACGGCAGAAGAGGUCUGCUUACUUUGUGCUAAAAAAUUCAAGGUUUCAGAGCCUGAUAAUUACGCACUCUUUCUGGUCACCGAGGACACAUGUCAGCAACUGGCCCCUGACACACACCCUCAACAAAUCAAAGCUGAGCUUCACAGCCGACCCCGGGCUAAGUCCUUUCAUUUUGUCUACAGGAAGGUGCCUCAUUUAAAUGUUUGCAUACCUGCCUGUGUCUUUGAUGAUCAAGUGGAGGAAUGAGGCAAGAUUCCCAACUGCUGCACUUGAAUCCAAUCAUUACUGAGAUUCUAGAAGCCUUUUUCUGCUUAAUGGAACUGGACUGAUAUGAUGCCUUUUAAUGGAGCUCCCAAGUGAGAGGUUGGACUCUGGAAAGUGUUUCUAGAAUCAUAGUGAACCCUUAAAAUUUAACCCUGCCCCUCGCCCGUAGAGAGCUGGGAUAGGAUCCAGUACGCCUGUGACCUUUGUGAUGAUAUGUGGUUCAGAAAAUGGAUGGAUAGAUACUGAUAAAAUUGCUCAAGGCAUCAUGUCAACAAAAUUACUGUAUGUUUAAGAAAUAAAAAUAGGUUGUAUGAAGCGUUGAUUUGAAGGAAAUUUGUAGGUUUGAGAUGCAGAAGAAAGAUUUAUUUUUUUUUUUAUAGAUCUUGGAUAUGCACACUGUCUAAAAGCAGAAAUGACACGAUAAGCAUUUUAUGAAAUUAACUUUUGCAUUCACUGCUGUAAUCCCAUUAUGCCUUCAAAAGGAAAUGUAAAAAAGUGUAUUCUACUGCAAGCAUUCAGAUGUCACCAAGUGAUGAGGUAGGUUAAAUGAAAAUGAGUUGAAUGAACUAUUGUAGCAAUUAAUGUUUCGCUCUUGGUUCUCUGCAAUUACUGUUCAAUUGCAAUUUGCAUCACUAUGAUCAUGUUUUUUUUAUAUUGAAAUGUUUUUUUAUAGCACAAUCAUCUCUGAGUGGGAAAUAAGUCUGAUUAAUAUUUUCAGGGUGGCACGGUGCAAUAGCUGUAAAGCGUUGGCACUUCAGGGUGUACUCCGCCUCCUGCCCCAAGAAUUCUGGGACAGGCUCAAGCACACCGGUGACCCUAGUGAGGAUAGGUGGUACAGAAAGUGAAGGGAUGGAUUUUCCCUAGUCGGCACAGGAGCGUCGCUGUCGAACAUUGGCCUCACAGUUCUGAGGACCAGGUUUCGAAUCCAUGCCCCCCGUGUGGAGUUUGCAUGUUUUCUCUGGGUAAUCUGGUUUCCUCCCACGUCCCAAAAAUAUGCACUCAUUGCAGACUUAUAAAUUGCCCCUAAGUGUAAUUGUGUGUGAAUUUGACUGUUUUCUGUCUCGAUGUGCCCUGCGGUUGACUGGGAACCAGUUCAGGAUGUAGUGUGCCUUCUGCCCGGUGAUACCUGGGAUUGGAUCCAGCACUCCAUAACCCUUGUGAGGUUAAGCAACUAAGAAAAUGGAUGGAUGGAUAAUAUUUUUGGACUAGACUUUUUUUUUUUUCUUUAAACCAUUCGACUGCUAGGAGAAUUGGAAUGGAGGAUCUUUUAUGCCAAACCAGUUUUCUUGGGCAACAAUGGAAUUUUUUUUUUAUGCUCCCGCAGUCGUUCUUUGUAUUAAGAUGUACUUGUAUAUUUAUUACACAUUCCAGUCCGAAAGAAGGUUUUAAAAGAGAGUGACAGAAUACACAAAAUCAAGAAAUGACAGCACACCAGCAGUAAGAAAAACAAACAAAACAGAGGAUUAUGUGCAUAAUGCAAUGUCUCAUUAGAUUCAAGUUUUAUACAAGUCAGUGGUGUUAAAACUUCUGAGGGAAGAACAGGACAAUGUCGGAUAAAAACAGAGAGGGAAAUGAGGGAAAGAGAAUAGUGAAAGGGAAGUGGACUUGGGUGUGUAACUGGAGUGUGGUCGGAGUGGCUGUGUACAUUCAAAACACCAUUCGCAAGGUCACCAAAGUUAUUUAUAGCAAUUGGGAAGUUGGCCUGUACCAAGCAAAUAACGCUCAGCUGUCUGCUUCUGCAGACGCAUGCAAGUGAAUUGGCACCGUCUCACAUUCGCAAUAAAUGUCACAGGUGUCCUGGAAUUGCUGUGCCAUGGGAAUGGAUGACCCCAACCCACUGCCGAGUAUCGGGACCCAUCUGAGGAUGGCCCGGGUAACAUGACACCACUCCAACCGAAGCAACCAAAAACUGGCCACCAGGAGGAGAACCCCUGACACCACCCCAUAUAUGUUUUUACCCCCUUUAUACCAAAGAGAAUUCAAAUACAUUUCAAGCAAUGAAGCACAAUGGUCUCCAUUAUUAAGAAAUGGAAGAAGUUGGGAACCAUAAGGACUUUUUCGAAAGAAUGUAUUUGGUCACGGAGGUGACCUAAAAUUUCAGAGCAUGCUAGAGAGACCAAUGCAAAAAAGUAUUAACCACUCGUAAGCAUCAUAACAAACACAGCAUGAGGAUCCAGUUGUUCUAAAAGUGGUUUCAACAAGUGGUGAAAUGUUGUAUUGAGUAAAUGGGGAAAAUACUCCACAUAGUAUUUGAUAGUUGAUAUUUUGAGCUGGAGACCACUUCUUGUCAAAACUGAAUUGGGCUAGGUGUCACAACCCAUCGGAACGAGAGUAGGACCCAAAUGCAGGACUCGGACGAUGCAAGGUAGUUCAGGGAGAAAUGUUUAUUAUAUGCCGAGGUCGGGGAUCGAGCAGCCAGCAGCGGUAGUUGUGACGUCGGGCGAAGAGAGCAGGUGAGCGGGCAGGCAGGAGUCGGUACACAGGAGAACGAUCAAGGCAGGCAGAAGUAUCAAAGGAGUCAGGCUUACAAGGUUGGUCGGAGAACGGGCGAAGGUCGGUACACACAGGUUGUCAAUCAGGAAUACGAGAAUGCUGGAAUGGGACAUGAAGCUCAAUGAACUGGCGCCGGCCAGUCGUCAUCGGGGUCAUAUAAAUACAUAGCAUAAUCAGGCUGCAUGAGGCGCAGGUGUGCACCUCCCAAUCAGAGCAACCGCGGACACCCGCACAGCCCGGGCUGGAGCGGCAGGAUCAUGACACUAGGUUCCAGCUCACCCAUGACCCUGAACAGUAUUAGCGGUAGAAAAUAGAUGUAUAGGUUAAGGGUUAUUCUUCACUAAGUUUUAUAACCAUGCAACUUUCUGUCUCAUGUCUGUGUACAGUAGCCACAGUAGUUUGUUAAUUCCUCUCAUUGGUUCUGUUCUGCUUUUUGUUACUAACCAUCCAUUUCCUUUUUUUGAUUUCUCAUUUGAGUUAAUUGCUCCUGUUUUGAGUAUUUAUUUACCUAUAUCCAUUUUCUGUGAGGAAUCCUUGUGCUGCUAGUUAGCGUAAAGUUUACUGUCAUUCAUGUAAAAAUUUCCUUUACUCCCUGAGGGUACUUUACUCACCUUUUUUUAACACAAUUUUGACCCAUAUUCACUUGCACCAACCACCAAACUCCCAUAUAAUCGUAAUUGAAUACACAAGUAAGGGUUAAAGAUGCACCUAAAUUUACCAUACUGUAUAUCCCAUUCCAACCAUUCUCUGAAAAGGCAGACGUUCUCCUCUGCGCACAUUGAAACUAUCUCAAUCUACCCUCUACUAGUUUGUCUCCAUACAUUUCAGUCUGUGCCGUGCCUCUGAUGAGCUUGUUCCAGAUCCCGUCGAUCCUUAUCACUACCAAAAAGAAUCUCAGAAUCUUCAACUGUGCUACCACAAAGCUCGGGCUCCUAUCUUCUGGUCAUUGCUACAGUCCCCAGGCCAUAAGAAUAAAUAGAGUUCAAACAUGCAUUAAUUGGAGACUCUAAAUUGUCUUAAGGAGUGAUUGUGACUGUUGUUUGUCUCUCUGCCCUGCGAUUAGCUGGCAACCAGUUCAGAGUGUACCCCGCCUCCUACCCGUUGACAAUUGGGAUGGCUCCAGCACUCACGCGACCCUUGUGAGGAUUAGUGGCGAAGAAGAUGGAUGGAUAUAUAUAUAUAUUUUUUUUUAUAAAUAAUUACAGAUCCUCUUCCAAGUUCCUGGUCACGGUUGAAGCAGUGGGGAGUUUAAAGCAUAAAUAUACUUGUAUAGUAGAUAUUGCAGUGCCUCACUGGCUCAGUAAGAGUGCCUCCCAUUUUAGUCCAAUCAUGGCUGCCCUGUGAACCAGCACGACUAUGUGUCUAUCUUACUCAUGCUCACAUUUACGAGACUGAUUCGUUCAAACUUCAUUGUAUUAAUUGACAAUAUAGUUAACUACAUAGCAUACUAAUACAUAGAAUGGUAAGUAAUUCACAUUCAACAGAUUUCAGUAAAAUGUACUGUCUAUAUGAACAGAAAUAAUUUUUACACGGCAGUCAUAUUCAAAAGCAACGUAGCUAAUGUAGCAUUGCUAAUAAUGUCGCUUUUUUGUAGACCAUGAUGUUCGCUUUCCAUUUCAUUCAUCUUAAGCCCCGUCACUCGUCAUGCACUCAUCAGUGUGAUGCCUUCACAUGCUUUAUUGUCCCAUGUUGUGACUGCUGUCUGUUUUCCAGCUAUUUUGUGCAUCCUGGUUUUUCCGACCCAUGAUGUAACUCCGAGGUGUUUUUUGAUAAAGAUAAGUUGAGUCCAGCAGGACAAAAAUAUUUAUUUUGCUUUCCUUUUCUUCUCUGUCUCUCAGUUCUGUAUAACGUAGGUGAGCGAUUGCUUUAACUUCAGUUAGGGGUAACAACUCAUAAGACUUGUACCUUUUUCUCUCUAUGCGAAGACGUGUUUUUCAUUGUAAUAAAAACCCCAAAAGACAA